AUUUCUAUGAUCGAGAAGGGCAACCACUAUUCUCGUUCUACUAGACGAAGGCUCCCCGUAAAUACGAUGAUUAUCCUGAGGAUAUGCUUAGUCCGAGAGAGGCUUCUACCUUGGCAUUUUUGAAUACCAUGCCCCGAGAGAUCCCGUUCAGGAUUCAUGGCUCAAAGAGGUUUAGGGCUCUCCUACCGGCAAGCCAUUCGCAAUCCUGCUCCCAAUGUCCAAGUCGAGGAACAUCGUAGCGUGGAUGUGGAUGAGGAAGCAGGUGUUCGUGAAGCACGUUCCCCUCCUCGAGACCAUGCUUCGCCCGAGGUUCAGCCAAGGAAAAGGAAGGAUAAAGGGAAAAGGAAGAGCGGGGAAGUUUCUCGCACGGGUGGUGACGGUGCACGACCUCAUAAGCACCGUCGAACUGAUGGGUCUCAUUUAGAUUUGGCGAUCCCUUCUUCCAUUGUGGCACGUGAUUUCUUGGCUCCGGAGAUUCGUCCAUCCAUGAUGUUGUCUUCUGAUCUCUUGUCAUCACAAGGUCAUCGGAUGCUAGAUGCUACCACCCCUUCGGCCCAAUGGGCAAUGGCAUGUGAACUCCAGGUUCGUGUGACUGCGAUCCUUUGCAAACUUGCCUUGGAGCCUAUGGAAGAUGCUCAUAAUUUGAAUAAGUCUUUGGAGGAAACAAAGAUUGCUUAGCGUGAGGCUACCUCCACCGAGAAGUUACAUCUUGAAUCCGAGGUGGCGCACUUGAAGGAAGUCCUUGGGGAUAUGGAGGGCUGAGCUAUCGCAGCUGAAGAGGCCGAGAAGAUGCGAGUGGCUGAGCUGAAGGAGGUAUUGGAGCGUGAGGCUCAGGGAAAGGUAGCUUCUAAGGCUGCAAUGCAAGAGCUUUGGGUCGAGUGUGAGAAUAAGAUUAUUCAUGAGCAUGAGUUAGGCUUCAAACAUGCGGUUCGUCAAGGCACUUAUUUUUGUAGUGUUCCUCCUACCUUUACCUUUGAAGUGAGCAGAGAUUUCUAUAAGGGCGUGUACAUGGAAUACAAUGAUAUGCCGGAAGAUGCUGAACCUGAUGAUAUGGCUCCUUCUCGUUCAGCUACACUCGAGGAUCCCGAUAAUACUAUCCAGGAUGAAGACUCUCAUGGGAGCGAUGAGGAUGAGCACAAUGUGGGCGAUGAUUAGGUGUUUUUCGGGCCUCAAGCCUCCGUGUUUUGUAAUCGGAGGGCGGUUGGGUACAUUUUGUAUUUAGCUUGGGGGAUAUUCUUUUUGGUUGAUUAAGGCAUUGUUGGUCUACGUUUUUGUUUGUACCUAGGGCUGAUAGUGCUCAUUGUUCUAGUUUUAAUGCUGAUUGGGAGUUACUUUUA